UGCAUAUUAGCGGCUUAUCUUUACUAACGCCUGCUGCGCUGCGUGCCCCAACCCCCCGGGGUGGGUGCACUAGUCAACGGUGCUACUGUCUCUUUAAAUUUACCCAGGAGCCCCUUAAGGAGCCCCAGGGGCCCCUAGUCCGGCUCCCCACCCUGAAGACAAGCAAGAGCUUUAAAAUGCAUUACUGAAGGCCUACGCCGAGGCGCUUCCACACAGAGCCAGACGGAGUAGCGGGCCCAGUUCGCCCGCGGAACACAUGAUUGUGUGAUUGGAGGAAAAGUUAAGUUGGCUCCCGUGCGUGGCGCGUGGGGGGACAUCGUAGAGCACGGGUUCCUCAGCGAUGGGCUCGUUAUAGAGCGCCUGCCAGAUGCGUGUCGAACGGUGCCAACCGAGGUGAACAUGUUACAAUUGUGACAUGUUGUUCUGAGUGUGACAUGUCCCGCUUCAGCGCUACGAUACAGUAACGGAAGGAGGAACACUAGCCACUACUGAAGCAGCAGCCAGGCCAGUGAUGGAAGCGAAAGAAACGGGGGAGCGCGAGCCUGGGGAGCGCGAGCCUGUGGACCUCCGGUGUGCCGAGCAGGCUGAGCUGCUCUCAUUAAUAAUAAGCGGAGAGGAGGAAGCGCCGCAAGAGGAGAGUGACUUGGGAGGUAAAAACAUAAAAGAAGAUGGUCUUAUUAAUGGCCAUGGCGAGGAGGAAUCAGGGGCUGGCACGGUCACACCUGUCAGAUCUCCAGGCACCAGCUAUUGGAGCAUCAGUGAAGGCCCUGACCAUCCGCUCCUCCUCUCACCGGCCCCUGGGCCCUUAGGACGAAAACCCAGGGUCCAGAGGGCCUCACGUCCAGGCCUCAGCCGGAUCCCAGGUCGUGACCACCGCCGCUACUACCAUGAGUACUGGCGCAGCGAGUACCUGAUGGACUUUGAUCCCCAGCGGCACGGAAUGAUCUGCAUGGUGUGCGGCAGCUCACUGGCCACCCUGAAGCUCAGCACCAUCAAGAGGCACAUCAGGCAGAAGCACCCAGACUCCCUGCUGUGGAGCACUGCUGACAAGGAGGUGAUCCGCUCCGGCUGGGAGAGCCACCUGAGCGUGAGCAGAAGUCAUGGUUCAUACUGUUCUGCUGCUGGACCUUCACCUCAGGGAGUAGAGGAGCAGCUGGACUCAGGCCAAGAUGCCAUCGCAGAAUCUGUGGACACUUUGAUACCUCAGGAGCAGCCACAGCAACCCCUCACUCUGUCUCCCUGCACUGAGGAAGGCGAAGCCCCCCAGCCACAGGAGGAGGAGGAGGAGAACCUCCCUGGACCUUCAGCUCAAACCUUGGAACGCUACCUGAAUGAUUCACUGCACGCCUGGUUCCGCCAGGAGUUCCUGAUGGAGUAUGAGGCAGAGGCUGGUCGGCUGCUGUGCAUGGUGUGUGGAGGAGAACUGCCCUCGCUUCACCUGGACCACAUCAAGAGCCAUGUGCUGGACACCCACCCCAACUCCUUGGUCUACAGCUCCGAGGAGAAGCACUGUAUCCUGCAGGCCUGGGCUCACACACAUGAGGACUCAGAAAACAAAUCAGAGUCCAACACCAAAGAAGGCGGGGUGGAUGCCUUUGCUCAGGAUGCGGAGGCCAUCCAGAUGGACACUGACUUAUACCCAGAAGGUGAUGGCACUUUCACUCAGGAUACUUGUCUUAUUGGUGAGGACGGAGGCGUCGGAGCUCAACAAGAGGGACCCCAGCCCCUCCGCCAGCCCAGGAAGAAGCGGCUACGUGAGGGUGACCCAUGGCGCCUCCGCCUAGACUACCUGGUGGCCUACGGUCCUCAGGGCCGGGGUACGUUCUGUAUGGUGUGUUCUCAGGUCCUGUGCGAAACCAAGGUUAGCAGCUUCCGCCGCCACAUCCAGGAGUGUCACCCUGAGACCACAACCCUGAGCCGACAAGAAAGGGAAGCCAUGGCUGCUGCCUGGACCAAAGAUUAUUCUAGUGAAGGCUUGCAAAUUCAAGAUGCAGAAAUCAGGCGUCGUGAAGCUACUACAGAUGGGACGAAUGCGGACGUCUUCCCUGAUGUUAGAACAGCCAGUAAAAUGGUGAAGAAGGAGGAGGGUGUGAGUGGAGGGAAGGGCAAAGCGAGGGACAGCAGCGCCACACUUGCUCGCCACAGCCAUUACCCCGGGAAGGACCAGAGGAGGAACUACCAGGUGCGUUGGCGGAUGGAGUACCUGAUGGACUAUGACUGCAGGAGACAUGGGCUGAUAUGCAUGGUGUGCGGAGCCACUCUGGCCACGCUGAAGGUCAGCACCAUCAAGAGGCACAUCCAGCAGGUACACCCCCACUCUCUGUACUACAGUCCGGAGGAGAAGCAGCAGACCCUGCUCAGCUACACCCAGACCACCCUGCAUUUCAUCCACUCUGAUGACUGCUUCUGCCCCCAGGAGCACGGACACACUGAGCUGGCUCCCAGUCCAGCACACUUUGGCACUUAGAAAGGGCUUCCAUCUGUUGCUCCUCACAUGGCCCCUGUUCAGAAACAGCCCUCCACUUUCUUUCUCUAAGGGAAAUUCAGACAUUUGUCAAACAUGGUCUCUCUUUGCCCUCUUUGGCUUUGUUCUUGUCAGAUAUCCCUAUUCUCUACAAACAGGUGCUGGGUAACUUAUAAAACCAGCUUGUAAUGGAUAGAAAUAUGAGGGUAAGACCCUAGUUGACAAAGACUGGAUUUGCCUUUAAAUCUGAACCCAAGAGUUCAAGUAUGCUUAAAGUGGCAGGGAGCGACUGCCACAGAGGAAAAGACACAACCUAAAAAUGUCAUGGCCUAAAAAGUCAAAGUCCAGGCACUCGCUUGAAUCUAAAGCCUUAUUUUUAAAGGAUCAGUAUUAGUUGAGGACCUCAUGGGAUUUAAGAGAUUACUACUCACAUCUGUGCAUGUACAUUUGUAUGGAUGCACAGAACGAGCAUUGUGCAGAUAUACCUACCAAAUCCUAACAGCUAUCACCAAGUAUCUGUACGUACCAUUAAAACAUAGCAUACAUGAAACAUUCCUGCCCCUGUAGCUAACAAAGCUUGAUCAUUUUCUAGAGCAUACAAAGAAAGCUUCCAUGAAUUGGAAACCCCACAAGAUCCACUUUCACUUUUGCUGUCUUUCCACUGCCACCAGGAACCAUCCUGUAUUCAAGCCACCUGGCCACCUAUUGGCCCAGGUCCCAAUACAUGGUUGUGUUUCCAUUGCACAGCAGGAGCGUUGCUUUUACAGAAUAUCUCACUGUAGUGUCUUCUGUAGGCAAAUAACAGAGAAAACAUAGAUUCCAGACAUAGCUGUUGUAUUGGUUUCCUUUUAUUUCUUCAUAAUGCACUGCUUUCCUCUUCUUUCUCUCUCCUUCUUCAGCUGAGACAUUUCCUGUUGCUUAAUUUUCUCUGCCAAUCACAAUGGAGUGACAUAGACGGCCGGGUUGAUGGUGGAACAGCAUGCUUUGGGCCCUGCUUCUGGGUAGGGCCAGGUAUCCUGCUGUUCAGCACGGUUUCAGCAUGGGCACGUUCUGCUUCUAAGACAAUGGAAACACAUAGACCCCGGUACAGUAUGGGUAUAGGACGGUUCCUGGGGGCAGAGGAAAGAUUGCAUUUGUGGCUGCUAGUGCAUAUUUCUGGCUAGCUCGGUGGCUACAGUAGUUUGUUAGCUAGCUUUUUAAGGAGUCACUUGAUGCUUCUAGCAUGAGCUAUUUUACAAGAACACAACUGAAUUGUGCUGAGUCAUUUUCUGUUAUAAGUGGGGACUAAUACCAGAAAUGGGGCUUUAGACAUUAGAACUCCUUCAUGCAUUGUUCAGUUCCUUCAACACACAGUGAGUACCUGGACUUGUUGUUUUGAAUGGCUCAAUGAAAUAUCUGUAAUCAUAUAUUUCUUGUCUACCAGUUAUCUUUCCCAUCCAGGAAGGGGCCUGGGGCUUGUUUCUGGUUGGGGCUAGAGUCUAAUGCUCUCAGGAAGGUAGGAACAGUCUUCGGCGAGGCCGAACUGAAUUAGUUUUACGAUAAUCUAUCUGAAUACAACGCAGCACUUUGUCCCCAAAAAUGUACUUAGCCCCAGCUUUCCUUCUGUACAGCCAAUAGAAAGAGACUGUGUUUGAUGUUACUGCUAAAGACAAUGAAUGCCAGCGUGCAGUCAGUGAGGUCAGAUUAGUGUAUUUAAUUCCUUGUUUACAGUGGAGAAGGACGUCCUCCUCUCUAAUUCAUUAUAAUGAGAUAUGUUAUCUCUGUCAUUCUGCAUUGUUGCCACAUUCACAACUCAUCUUAGCUACAAGCAGCAUAAAAAGAAAAGUUAGAAUUGUUUUUCCUUUACAAGCACUUUUAUGCACACUGGUUUUUACAAAAUGUGUUUGUUAUUAUGUCCAUUUUUUUUAUUUAUUCAAAAUUUCUCUUUAACAUCAUUGGACUUUGCAUUCAUUUUGAAACGUUUGCUCCAGCUUUCAUAAUGUUACAUUUGAUCCUUCAUCGUUUAUGCAACAAAAGAAGGUGAAGAACAACUUAAGCUGUCUGCAAAAGAAAAGUCACCUUUUCACCUGAAAACUAACUCAGGGAUUCUGUUUUCAUCAACAACCAUUUGAUCAGUAAAUGUUUAGGAACAUGUAAGCUGUUGACAUUUGAAGACACUGUAUACAUGUGUCUGCUUUGGGUUGUUUAGGUGAUGCCACAAUAUUAGGGCCACUCAUCAAACACUGAUCUAGAAGAAGAACUAAAAGUAAGAAGAGAAAAAGAUUAUGAGAAUAAAGUUCAAAUACUUUGAGAAUAAAGGCAUUAUAUUGAGAGAAUUACAUUGUAGUCUUUAAAAAAGGAUUCAGCACUUUAAAAAAAUCAUAAUAUUAGGUUUAAGUUGUAAUUUGGAAACAAAUACGUUAGGAGAAAAGGCAUAUUUUGACAAAAAAGUUGUAAGAUUAGAAUGAAGUAGUCAUGUUGAGAAGAAAAGUCAUAUCUUGAGAAAUAUGGACAGUUCUGUAAUUUUCAUCAUAGGUACACCUCAACUGUGAGAGACAGAAUCUACAAAAAAAA